AUGCCUGAACGACAGCAACCCGAGCAACGAUCUGCUUUGCUAUCUCAAGCUAUUGAUAUUUGUACAAGUCUUUGUGAUGUCCUAGAACGUCUCGGACCAUCUCGCUUUACUCAAUUGGACAGCGAUAUCGGGGUAUCGAAGGUUCACAAGCUUGAAUCAGACCUGCAUAGUCGUCUGCAGCGAGUCGACGAGAAAAGGAACGAUGCUCUGGCACCCAUAUCCCGCCUAUCAGACGAUAUCAUACGACUCAUCAUCCAGUAUGGCCACGAUGAUGAAAUUCUUGACUACCGGAAGGUCACUGUUAAAACUUUUGCACGACUUGUAUCCUGCAUCUCUCGCCGUUGGCGUGCCAUCUCCAUAGAUAUGUCGAACGUAUGGACGGACUUGGUGUUUUCGAACCCUAAAUACCUGGGAGAUGAGGACUCCAAGCCGACCCACCCCUGGUAUGGAAGUGCCAAAGUGCUCAGUGGAAUGUACACCUCCAACCUGGAGCGCUCAAAGCAAUCGCUGCUCAAUGUGCAGCUAUAUAUUCCACAGCUCCUGGACCCCCGAAUUAUGAUAAAAGAGUACUUGCACGUGUGCACCAACCGUGUCGCCGAUCUCAAUCUCGAAGCGAACACGUCAAGCGCGGAGAGCAUGAACGCGAUCGUCCCGUGCGUCACUCAAACAAGAGAAACCUUGCGGCGCCUCCGGAUUGUUCUAGAGCAGUCGACAGCGGACGACGGCGGACGCGAUCUGAUUGAAACGCUACUUUUGUGCAACCUUCCGCGGCUAGUAGACGUUCACUUACAAACCAUUCCCCUUCCUUUGGUCCACCGCCCUGAAUUCGUCGGUUUCCUCCAAUGUCGCCGUCUUCGUCUGGAGAUGUUCCAUCUGAGGCAAUAUACUCCGGCACGACUGGUCGGACUGCUCAAGUGUGUUCCCCGGCUCCAACAACUACAUCUCGUCGUGUUUCCUCACGAAUCAGACCAGGUCGCUGCGGAGCCUAACAUUCACGGGCCACGCCUCCUGCUGCCAGAAUUGCGUACCCUCAAAUUCAUCUCAUCACCUGUCGGUCGUCACACGCUCGGACAACUUCUGUUUCCCAAGAUCGAGAGCCUGUCAGCGUUCAUUCUCUCCCCCUCUGUGUCUCAUCACCAAGAAACGGCUUACGUUGGCGAACUCCGUAAAUUUCUGACUGCCUCGUCUAGUCCAGACGGUAUGCCUCCGCCGGUAAAGGCACUCUCGGUGGACGGUGGAAUACUGCGCAGUCUCCAUCGAAUACUCCGAGUCAUACCCGGUCUGGAGGUAUUGCAAAUCGUCUUUGAUCACGACUGGAGUCCCGUUGAGGAAGAACAACGCGUCGCUUUUCUCAACAAGUUAGGGGCGCAACCGCUUUCCCCAAAGGGAAACAUCACAUCUGUAGACGGGGAGCCAUACUCAGUCCUCUGCCCCAAUUUACAAGCGCUAGAAUCUCUCGCGUGGGCGAAGCCAAGUCAUAUCCAAUCGCUGACGACCCUUGCGUCUCGUCGUCGGUCGUUUGGGAUGCCCCUUACUCGAAUACGCAUGCUCAAUUGGCCUCUGUCUGCUGCACCCCCCGAAACGGUCGGGAUGCCGGCCACACCUUCAGAGGAAUACGCGCUUGAGAAAGCGCUUGCUAGAGAGGUUGAAAUUCUCGAGUGUGGGGAGUUCAGGUGGGAAUGGAAGGAGGGAGGGAGGUGGUUCAAAGCGCCUAGGGUCGGAGACCCGCGCUUCCUAUCCGAUGCGAAUUGA